AUGGAAGCGACUCAAAGGUGGAAUACUGUCUUCAUUGUCAUCGAGUUUGUGGUUUGCCUCUUGGGAUUUUUGUUCAACGGGUUAGUAAUUCUGACUAUUUGCAAGAAUAUCUCUCGCCUCUCUCCAUCGAGUUAUCUUAUCCUUAGCAUUGCGGUGAGCGAUUUUCUUUCCUGUUCGAUAGCUUUUCCAUUCUCUAUCGCUGCAUACUUCCAGGGGGGCUGGCCAUACGCUUCUACUGGAUGCAAGGCUCACGCCUUCAUGGUAUUUCUCUUUGCACUUGUCUCCAUAACUCACUUGGCUAUUAUUUCAGCUGGAAAGUACUUGACAAUCAGCCACUCUCUGACUAGACAGUUUUAUUUUGGCAAGAAUCAAAUACUUCUUGCCAUAUUGGCCGCUUGGAUUUACUCGUUUGGCUUCAGUCUGGCACCUCUGGUAGGAUGGUCAAGAUACGGCCUUGAAGGAACCAAUGCCACUUGUUCGAUAGUGUGGGAUUCGACACUACCGGGCGAUAAAGCAUAUUUUGGAGUGAUUUUUGUUGCUUGUUACUUUUUGCCUAUGGGUGUUAUCACGUUUUGCUAUUAUAAGAUUCACAUGAUUUCCAAAAACAUUGUAGGGAAUGCAAGGGCCCAAAUGGGAGGACAUAUUGCAAUGACGAUGACACAAGCUCUUGCAAAAAGGCAUCGAAAAUCAGCUUUGUAUUUUUUAAUCGUCAUAGUGGCUUAUAUGCUAUCGUGGACUCCGUACGCUAUAGUGUCACUGCUUGUUGUUGUAGUCGGAAAAAGGGUAAAUGCUGUUGCAACCAGUGCGUGCAGCGUGUUUGCGAAAACUUCUUUUAUGAUGAACCCAAUACUGUAUGCGAUCUUCUUUCAGAAGUUUAGGCGACAGAUGGUUAUUGUAAAUCCCAUAACCAUUCGACAAAAUCAAGAGGUAAGACCCGUCAAUGCUCCCUCUCACUCACAACCAUUUGCACUUUAA